AUGUCUGCCGCGAACCAGCUCGCCGCCCUCAUCGCCAACAUGUUCGCCACGGGUUUGCUUGACGAUCAGUUCCAGCAGCUGCAGAUGCUGCAGGACCCCAGCGCCCCUAACUUCGUCUCUGAGGUCGUCACGCUCUUCUGCCACGACGGCGAGCGGAUCAUCGGGGAGCUGGCCAAGCUGCUGGACAAGCCCACCGUGGAUUUUGACAGGGUCGAUGCCUUUGUGCAUCAGCUCAAGGGUAGCAGUGCUAGUGUCGGUGCUUUGAAGGUUAAGAACACUUGCAUUCAGUUCCGCGAAUUCUGUCAGCAGAAGAGCAAAGAUGGGUGCUUGAAGACACUGGAGACAGUGAGGAUUAACUUCUAUGAGCUGCGUGGCAAGUUUCAGACCAUGCUUCAGAUUUUUCAGGUUGGUGGCGACGUCAGGGGAGGGCAUCCACAGCUAGCAAUGGGACCUGUUGGUGAUGCUGGAGCGUCAGAUCCAAGGCUUUUCCCUCAAGAAGUAAUCCAGAGUGGCGGAAUUGAUGGAGCUGCAUGUUGGGAUGAUGCAUACAGUACACCCCUUUCAGAGUGGCGGAAUUAA